AUGGAAGUCCCAGAGUGUGUCUCAGACUGCUGCCUCGUGGGGUAUUGCGCCCGUCAUCCGGCUGGAUUCGGUGCCAUCAUCUUCAUGAGUAUCCGGUUGUUGGUGCACUCGCGCCAGGAUCCGAUGAAUGGUGGACACGGCGUUCCCAAACUAGAGGACCUAGGUGCCGGCAAGGCCUGCGGUAUUAUCCUUGGUGUCUUUGCUGGUGUCCGGGUCAGCGCUGUCUUUUUUGUGCCUUACUACUGGCGCAGCCUGGUCAAGGAAGACCGUCGCCUCCGAUUCUGGCACAAUUCCCAUGGGCCCUCUCCUCUGGCGCGAUGGCUACACCCUCUACUUCCCCGGCAACCCCGACAAGGCAUUGUCCCCAACUACUACGAGAGCGACCUGAAAGGGACCGACGAAAAAGAUGACACCGAUACCCUUGGCUCCGUCACCGAGGGUCAGCAGUCCACCCUCGCCAGCCCGGAAAUCGAGCCCCUCAAGGGUGGCGGCAACACCCCCGAGAGCGAAGCCCAGCGUGCCGACGCGAAACUCGCAGAACAGCACCAGAAGGAGCUCCAGGCUCUGGCUCCUCAGUUUGCUAACAAGGUUGAACAUCUUUGGACAACGGCCCAGGUUUGCUCUGCUAUGAUCAUGUCCAUCUCCCACGGCGCAAACGAUAUCUCGAGUGCCAUCGACCCAUUCACCACCGAGUACAUGACCUGGCACACCGGCGUGGCCUCUGCCAAAACCGAUACCCCAACCUGGAUCAAGGCCGUUGGCGGUUUACGCCUGGGAGCUGGCUUCUGGACCUUCGGCUACCACAUCAUGCGCAGUCUCGGCAACCCAAUUACCAAGCACUCUCCCACCCCGGGUACAGCAUGGAACUCGGCGCUGCGAUCACGGUGCUGCGCUGGUGAAUAUGGACCUGAAGAGUAUUAA